AUGAUCCCGCUGGAGAAGCCGGGCGGCCGCGCCUCCCCCUCGGCCGGCGCGGCGGGGGCGGGGGCGGGGGCGGGGGCGGGCCGGGGCGUGCGCGCGGCGCGGAGGGCGCCCCCCGGCCGGGCUGGCGGGCUGCUCACGGAGAUCCGCACGGCGGUCCGCAGCGAGCCCUUCCAGGACGGCUACAGCCUGAGCCCGGGCCGGGAGCUGGGCAGGGGGAAAUUUGCAGUGGUGAGGAAAUGUAUAAAGAAAGACUCUGGAAAGGAAUUUGCAGCAAAGUUCAUGAGAAAAAGAAGAAAAGGCCAAGAUUGUCGGAUGGAAAUAAUUCAUGAGAUUGCUGUUCUUGAACUAGCACAGGACAAUCCUUGGGUCAUUAAUUUACAUGAAGUCUAUGAAACUCCAUCAGAAAUGAUCUUAGUUCUGGAAUAUGCUGCUGGAGGUGAGAUCUUUGACCAGUGUGUUGCAGACAGAGAAGAAGCCUUUAAAGAAAAAGAUGUUCAAAGACUCAUGAGGCAGAUAUUAGAAGGUGUCCGCUUUUUACAUGCUCAUGAUGUAGUUCAUCUUGAUUUGAAGCCUCAGAACAUUCUGCUGACCAGUGAAUCUCCACUGGGUGACAUAAAGAUAGUCGAUUUUGGUCUUUCACGAAUAAUGAAGAACAGUGAAGAGCUCCGAGAAAUUAUGGGUACUCCGGAAUAUGUAGCUCCUGAAAUUCUUAGUUAUGAUCCUAUCAGCAUGGCGACGGACAUGUGGAGCAUUGGAGUGUUAACAUAUGUCAUGCUCACAGGAAUAUCACCUUUUUUAGGUGAUAAUAAACAAGAAACCUUCCUAAACAUCUCUCAGAUGAGUUUAAGUUAUUCUGAGGAAGAAUUUGAUGUUGUGUCCGAUUCAGCUAUUGACUUCAUCAAGACACUUUUAGUUAAGAAACCUGAAGAUCGAGCCACAGCUGAAGAAUGUCUAAAACACCCGUGGUUGACAGAGAGCAGUAUUCAGGAUCCUUCGUUCAAGGUGAAAGGGGCAUUAGCAGAAGCCAAUGCACUCCAAGAAGGUGAUUCUGUGCCUGAAAUUAAUUCAGAUACUCAGAAACCAGAAACCGAGGAAUCAGUUGUAACAGAGGAGUUAAUUGUAUUUACUUCAUAUACUUUAGGACAAUGCAGACAGUCUGAAAAAGAGAAAAUGGAGCAAAAGGCCAUUUCCAAACGAUUUAAAUUUGAAGAACCUUUGCUACAAGAAAUUCCAGGAGAAUUUAUCUACUGAGCAGUACUUCCCUUUAGACCUUUCAGAUUUCUACAUUGAAAACAUUAUUAUUAUUUAUGGACUUCUGGCCAAAUGGUACAUGUACUAAAAGUGGAUAAACCAGGUAUCACUGAUAGAAACUGAAAUAACUUUGUCAUACUUGUGGAGUUAGGGAUCUCAAGACAGAUUUAUAAAGUUGCCAACCGGGAGUUUUAACGGGUAAAGUUAAUCUGUGUCAAUGUUAUCUUUAAGAAGGGAGAUGUUUGAACCUUUUAUUUCUAAAUCUUGUUUCUCCAGAAUGAAAAUUUGUUAUGCAAAGAUAUCUGUAUUUACUUUCUUUAAAAAUCCAAGGAGAAGUGCCAAAUUAACAUCUCUGUAAAUCUAUGUUGCAUUAUUCAUGUGUAUAUAUAUCUGUCUAUAUGUAUGUUGGUAUCUUUACUAAAAUUGAUACUUUUUCACUUUGGAUUUUUUUUGGGGGGGGGGGGCGGAGUAGGCUUUUAAUUAGGUAUCUUCCAAAUUUUGAGUCCCAGAAUAACAUCCACUGUAGUUUGAUGAUGUCUUAUUUUUACAUUUUAUUACUGCUCCAUAUUGACUUGAUUUGACUUCUGUUGUCUAUUUUUUGUUGUUGUUGUUGUUGUCUAUUUUUUGCCUAAUGCUUGUAACCCUAUCAGCGAAGAGCCCUGGCUUUUUUUUUUUUUUUUUUUUUUAAUUCAUUUUCACUAAUAAGAGUGGUGUUGAUUUUUCACCUCCGAUUUUUCUGGUUUUAAGGUCCAGGUUAAGUAAUCCCAUAACAUGAAACCCGUGCUGACUACUCAGCCCUUUCCCUCGCCACGCCAUCCUUGGCUGCUCUCUCUGAGGAGGCUGUGCCCCUGCCACCUCCUCACAUGCUUGUCACCUAAUUUUGGUCACUUGCAAGUGUCAGUGUGAUCUGAUCAACACAGUGGUUGCUUUGGUCAGUGAAAAGACGCUAUUCUAUUGUUUUUGUUAGUAAAAUCCCCCAGAGAGAGGGGUAAGAGAUGAGACAUAUUCAGCCUAAGCCAUGGAGCCUCUACUACUUUGGAGUUUAUGAGUCCUCCGGCUAUACUAGUAACUGUUAUAAAAUGCCAAAAUAUUUAUAGACUUCUAUUUUGUUAAGAAAUUUGACAUUGGAUACGUUGUCAUCGGUUCCCAGAAGACUUACAAGAAUAUGCUCAACAGAAUUUAGUUUAAUGAAGAUUGAACAUUUCAAUUGUACGUAGGCCCCACAGUGAACAGUAAAUUCCUGUGAAAAAAAUGAAAAAGUGUAUGCUGUGUAACUUAAAGCAACUAAAUAUCGUUCUCACACAAAAAAA